AAGGAGAGAGAGAGGAGCGAAGACAGCGCAGAGGAGCAAAGCAGACCACGGGAGGGAGGAACCGAGGAAGAAGGAGAAGAACCGAGGAAGCAGGGGGUUGCCGAGCCCAGUCCAGGAUCCUCCUCCUUCCCAUGGCGCGGAGCAACUGGGAGGCCGACAAGAUGCUUGACGUCUACAUCUACGACUACCUGGUGAAGCGCAACCUCCACAACUCCGCCAAGGCCUUCAUGAACGAGGGCAAGGUCGCCACCGAUCCUGUCGCUAUCGAUGCCCCCGGGGGCUUCCUCUUCGAGUGGUGGUCUAUCUUCUGGGACAUCUUCGACGCGAGAACAAGAGAUAAGCCUCCAGAAGGUGCCACGCCUUCUAUAGAUAUGAAGUCAAGGGAACACCAAAUGAGACUCCAGUUGCUGCAACAGCAGAAUGCCCACUUGCAGAGAAGAGAUCCAAAUCAUCCAGUCCUUAAUGGUGCUAUGAAUGCUAUGAACUCUGAUGUAUCAGCCGUUUUGGCUUCUAAAAUGAUGGAAGAGAGAAUGAGGAAUCACAAUCCUGUGGAUUCUGAUGCAUCACAACAGCUCAUAGAUGCUAAUAGGAUGGCUCUUCUGAAGUCAGCAACUAACCAAACUGGAUCACUUGUUCAGGGUAGCUCAGUCAAUAUGUCAGCUUUGCAGCAGAUGCAGUCAAGAAAUCAGCAAGUUGACAUCAAAGGUGAUGUUGCAAUGCCACAAAGAACCAUGCCUACAGACCCUUCUGCAUUAUAUGGAUCAGGGAUGAUGCAAUCAAAAUCUGGAUUAGUUGCUUCUGGACUAAAUCAAGGAGUUGGGAGUGUACCACUGAAAGGCUGGCCUCUAACAGUUCCAGGUAUCGAUCAACUCCGAUCAAAUUUAGGCGUGCAGAAGCAGAUGAUGGCAUCUCCAAACCAAUUUCAACUUCUAUCACCACAACAGCAAUUAAUUGCUCAAGCACAAACACAGAAUGACCUUGCUAGAAUGGGUUCUCCAGCUCCAUCUGGUUCGCCAAAGAUUCGCUCAGAUGAUCAGGAUUACAUGAUGAAGUUGAAGAUGGCCCAGAUGCAGCAGCCAUCAGGUCACCGGCUGAUGGAAUUGCAACAGCAACAGCAGCAGCAGCAGCACCACCACCACCACCAACAACAGCAGCAGCAACAGCAACAGCAGCAGCAGCAGCAGCAGCAGCAGCAGCAGCAGAUGCAACAGAAUACAAGAAAACGGAAGCCAACUUCUUCCGGAGCAGCUAAUAGUACAGGCACAGGGAAUACUGUUGGGCCUUCUCCACCCUCAACUCCAUCAACUCAUACUCCUGGUGGUGGAAUACCAGUAGCUAGCAACGUGAACAUUGCGCAGAAGAAUUCAAUGAUUUGUGCCACGGAUGGAACCAGUGGAUUUGCUUCAUCCUCAAAUCAGAUGGAUAAUUUGGAUGGUUUUGAUUUUGAUGAAAAUAUUGAUUCAUUUUUGUCAAACGAUGAUGGGGAUGGGCGAGACAUAUUUGCUGCAUUAAAGAAAGGGCCCUCAGAGCAGGACUCUCUGAAGAGUCUUUCUUUGAGCGAGGUUGGUAGUAACCGUACAAGCAACAACAAGGUUGUUUGCUGUCAUUUCUCAACAGACGGGAAGUUACUGGCUAGCGCUGGUCAUGAAAAAAAGGUCUUCCUCUGGAAUAUGGACAAUUUUAACAUGGAUACUAAAGCAGAAGAACAUACAAACUUUAUCACAGACAUACGAUUCAAACCAAAUUCAACUCAGUUGGCUACAUCAUCUUCUGAUGGAACUGUUCGAUUAUGGAACGCAGUUGAACGAACUGGCGCUUUACAAAUAUUUCAUGGGCAUGGCUCCCAUGUAACAUCAGUAGAUUUUCACCCGAAAUUGACAGAGGUUCUAUGCUCUUGUGAUGACAAUGGAGAACUCCGGUUCUGGAAAGUUGGUCAAAAUGCAGCUUCACGUGUCUCUAGGGUUAAACAGGGUGGUAUUGGUAGAGUCAGGUUUCAACCUCGAAUAGGGCAGCUCCUUGCGGUGGCAGCUGGAAACAUGGUGAACAUCAUUGAUGUUGAAAAGGAGACGAGUUUGCAUUCACUGCCUAAGGUUCACAAUGGUGAGGUAAACUGCAUCUGUUGGGAUGAAAGUGGCGAGUUUCUGGCGUCAGCCAGCCAGGACAGCGUGAAGGUGUGGUCGGCUGCCUCAGGCGCGUGCAUCCAUGAGUUAAGAUCUCACGGGAACCAGUACCAGUCUUGCAUAUUCCAUCCAAGAUACCCCAAAGUGUUGAUAGUUGGUGGUUAUGAGACAAUGGAGCUAUGGAGCGUAUCCGAUAACCAGAGGAAUGUGAUCCCGGCACACGAUGGGCUGAUAGCGGCCCUGGCACACUCUCCGUUGACGGGAUCGAUAGCGUCUGCGAGCCAUGACAGAUCCGUGAAGCUGUGGAAAUAAAAUGAAAUUAUGGCUUUGCAUUGAGCAGGCAUGAAUACGAUGAUGAGAGGAAUUGGAAUGGAUCCUAACUUGCAUUUGCGUGCCUCAUAUAACUAGCUAAGCUAUAGCCUUUGUUAUACACUAGUAGUGCUCGACACAGGUUUAAGAAAGAUGGAAGCUGAGGUUGAAUUUAGGCUGGGAAUCUGCACGCAAAGGAAAGAGGUCUGCACGUUUAGCUUUAUGGAAGGUUGUUAUGUGUAAUUAAAUUAAUUAUUUAAUUAAUGGAAGGAAGGAAGGAAUGGAUAUGUUGGUCUAGUAUAUAGUAGUAUUGUUUUAUUUAUAAACUUAUUGAUUAAUAAGCUUGUUUUAUGAAA